UGUAUUUUUAUAAAACAUUUGCUCUCCUGCACGCCUGACACUGUUAAAGCAGAAAGGGCCCACAGAAGGACUGCUGUGCCUUUCACUCAAAAGGACAGCGAGGCACACUCCGGCCUGGAGCUGCAAUUUGGACACAAAGAGAAAAGAAAAGUGUCAAAAAGAACGAAAGAAGAUGGAUGUAAAGACUAAAAACUCGGACAUCAGCCUGGAGAAGUUAGGCAGGAUGGCCGAGGAGCUGAUGCUGCCGGGAAGGUUUAUUCUCCGAGUCCUUAACUCCGCUCUGGAGUCUGUCACAAACGUCCUGGCUGCGAUUUUAGGAAGUCAAGUGGUCAGAAGACACUUCCACCUGAUGCUGUCUGGUCUGGUUCUGUUUGGGCCUGUGCUGAGUCUGUGGGUGUCAAAGUUCAGCAUCUUCACAAACAGCCACCAUUACCUGUACAGGAAGUUUCUGAAGUCCACUUGGGGUUGGACCUGGAUCUUCAGCGGCUCCUUCAUCCUCCUCCUCUCCCUCUCUGCCCGUCACUCCCUCUCUCUCUCCCUCCGCCACCUCUCUCGGAUUGGGGUGGUGGGCUUGCUUUGGUGGGGAUGUCGCCGCCUUCUGACCCUGCUGGAGGACGCGACGGGGACCUGCUACGAGCCGAUUGCCCAGGAAACCCAGAGCUCUGCCUCCCUGGGACUUCCACCGCCGCUGCUGCUCUUGCAUGAGGGCCGGAGCAAGGCCUCCUGCCUCAGGGACAACAUGGUGUGGAGGGGCUACGAGGUUUCCCAGGACGUCCUCAUCCUCUGCUUGUGCUGCCUGCUGCUGGUGGAGGAACUGUCCGUCUUUGGCCCUCACGUGGCCCGAGCGAGGAGGAGUGGUCCCCCCGGGGCCCCGUUGAGAUUCGUCUUCCUUCUGUGUGUCGCUCUGCUCGCCGUGUGGAUGUUCCUGCUGCUGUGUAUGCUCUCAUACUUCCCAAAGUUCCCCUCGCAGCAGCUGGGGGGAGCUCUGGGCUACCUGGGCUGGAAAGGACUUUAUCAGGGAUGGUACACACUCGGGCCGAGCUGGUGCUUCACUGGUUUGCCAGGAGACGGACCAUUAACAACCACGGAAACCGGAAAACAAUCGGAGUAGAUGAUAUUUAGGGGGUGUGAGUGUGACCUCGAAAAGAGGAUUUCCCAUUAGGUCUUCGGAGGCAAUCUAGGUAUUAAACACUGUGUGUAAACGACACCACGAGUCUGGCAUCACGUGAAUAUGCAGGUUCAUUUCACUGUUUGUAACAUUAGAUACAAAUUCCCAUUCAGACAGAUUAAGUUCAGGCAGAUUUAUUGGAAUCAUGUUGCUUUAUUUUGUAAUCUGAACCAAAAUGCAUGAUAUGAGAUGACACGAGACGUUUUUGUCAGAGCGGGUUUUUUGUUACUUGAUGGCAGCGUCACACGAGACGAGCUGCAUCUUGUCUGAGAGCCCGUGAGUGUGCUGAUGCCCGUCUCAGUAGAUGAGAGCCUUCCCGUCCCCUCGGGGCUUCUUGAUCUUGUCGUAGUUCUUGUUGAUGACGUCGAACAGCACGGCCUGUGGAGAGAAACGAGGGCGAGAGUCAGGCAGACACAGGCAACAGCAGAGAUGUGAGACGGAGCGUGAAUAAGACAGAGACACAUAGAGCACUUUCUGUAUAAUCGUGUCCUUUCAUCGUCACCUGCACCGCCGCAUUCAUAAACGGCAUCAAACGCCGCAGGAAGUAAAGAUUAAUGGACAGGAGAGGGAGCACAAAUCACUUUAACACAAGCACAGCAAUUAGUUUAAUUAGCGUCCUAUUAAGAAGGAAGUGAUUCCAUUUAGCCUCCGUCCCUGCUGCGGAGACACGGCUGGAAUAUUUAACAGAUGUGAGGGGAGUUAUCUUCAAAAUUCAGUGUUUGAUUACCACAGAUGAGAUACUGGGUUCAAAAAAUAAGUAUUCAGUCAAACAUUAUCAAUCGAAUCAAUACCACUUGGGUUUUUUCUACAAGAAAGUUUUUAUCAAGUUAAAAAUGUCAGAGGCCUGAGAGUGAAGAUCAAUGUAUCGGUAUCUCACAUAUGUGUUGCAGAUGUCCUGGAGCACGAGGAGGAGCUCGAAGUACUGAUACUGGUCCAGCUCGUGAACCAGCUGCCUGUAGUCUCCCUGCACCACACAAACACAAAACAAUUAUGGGUUAGGGUCACGACAUUACUCAAAUGAAGUCUUAAAAACUAAAAAAUUUACGAGAAACUUAUGUCGUAAUUUAAUGAGAAAAAAGUCAUAUUACAAGAAGUACUACUUACUACUACUUAACUAACGCCUUUUUUCUAGUCAUGUUCCGAUUUUCUUGUAGUUUGACAACUUUUUCCCGAAAAUACUACAGCUUCGUUAUUGUAAAAUUAUGAGAACUUUUCUAGUAAUAUAAAAAAAAAAUCCUUGUAAUAUUAUGACUUUUUUCUUGAAGUCUCGAAGUGGCUCUAACACUCAAUUACUUACUUGUAUAUUAUUUUGUCUGAAUUCAUUCUAUCACUGACUGUGUGAGCGCUAUCACACAGAAACACACAGACACGUAGGAAAAUAUGGAUCAAGACAACAUAGGGUACUGACCACGUGGGGUUGUUUGGAGGCUUUGGCCACAGCAUCACCUCUCUCAUUGUAAUAUCUAACAAAACAGGGAAAGAGAAGUGUCAUUUUGAACAGUCCUCAGCGACAGAUACUAUCUAACACACUUUAAAAUCCAUCUGAGGUCCUCACUAAAUGUUAAAAUGUCUGAUUCCAACAUGACGUCUCUGAAACCGACAGUCAAGUUCUGGUUAGAGCGCGAAAUGUGUAACGCGCUAAAAUAUUCACAGCUCAAGAAGAUUCUCCUGGAUUAUUUUUUAGUUGCAGGGCCUGGUCUUUUUUCCCCAUGAAUCUUAAUGAAUUGUGUUUUUGAACUGCAUCCUUUGGUUCAUGCUGACUGAAUAAAGUGUCCACUCUGUCACAGUCAA